AUGCAUGAGAAUCACCUGAAAGGUUCUGCCCUGGGUCUGAGUGCUAAGAAUUCCCAGCUUCAAUCACUUAUUAUGGAUGCAUUCCAUGAUAAAGGAUUUCAGAAAAUAAAAGAAUACUUUGAACAGAAAGAGAGCCACUUUCCUCAAAAAUAUAAUCGUCUCCUAUUAUACCGUCUUGACAGAUUAAUAAAUAAGGAACUGGAUAAAAAGGAAUUUCAGUAUGUGUCACUGUUGCUGGAAUGUAUUCAGCAAUUCUUCAUAGAUGGCCUGAAAGAAGAUGAACCUUUGCUAAUUCAGCAGGGACUGAUCCCAAAGAUAAUUUUCUGGUUUGAAAGAACAACAGGAAUUCUGACCUCAGAAGCCUUAGCCUCAGACGCAUCACUGAUUCGUGUUAUAGAAGACUUCUUCGACACAGCGUUGAUUAUUUCCAAGAGUAGUAGUGAAGGGAAAAUUCAGAUGCUGGAUUCCUUCCUACUUAGCUUAGGAUUCCUGGUGACAGAAAAGACUGGAAAUCAUUUGAUUCAACAGGAGGCCUUGAAGACUUUUAACUGCAUUUUGCACGCUGUACCUCAGGAAGAGAGAAAAAAAUUCCCUUUGUCAGAAGGCACGUGUCAUCUUAUAAACAACAAAACCCAGCACCCUGCUUUGAAGUUGAAGUUGGAACUGAACCUGUGGCUGCGCCAACCACCAGCCGGCACGGAGGACAUCAUUGUGGCACAUAUUUACGUGGUGUGUGGCCACAAUGUAGGGCCUGAAUGGCUAGAUUACGACCAGCAGGUCGCUAUUACUGAAGCGCUGUGUAGACUGACAAUUAAAAAUUCAAGGGAUGAUCUUGUCCAUAAAUGGUUUGAUGAUGAAGUCAUUGCUGAAGCUUUCAAAGAAAUUAAGGGUCGAGAAUUUGAGACGGACAGUAGACGUUUUCUCAAUCACCUAAACAACAGACUUGGUGACCAAAGAAGGGUGUAUUCAUUUCCGUGUCUCGCGGCUUUUGCUGAUGAACGUGAGAUGAGAAAACCAGAGGAUGAAAGCUUAGAGAAAUUUUGGAUCGACUUCAACCUAGGAAGUCAGAGUAUCACUUUUUAUAUAGACAGUGCUGAGGGCGCUCUGUGGGACUCAGUGAGACUUCCGAAGGAAGCAGUGAUGCAUUUCGGCAUAAUAGAAACUGAGAAGAUAAAGAUGCUUAUCAUUUACCUGAAGAACCCUAUCCUUAUCAGUUACAAAGAAGUCAUGAAGAUAGAAAUCCAUUUUGAUUUGCAGAUCAACAUAUCACAAGCUUCCAUUCAAGCUUUAGGAGAAGAUAAACAGCUCUUACCAAAGGAUGGAGAGGUACCAGAGGGCAUAUCCCAUGAAGAACAUGAUGAGCGUGUCAGCUUGUGCACAGUUGUUAUAUUAAAUGUCUUUUUCUUAAUUUGUAUAGAGCAGGUAGAAGAAUCCACCAAUGUGGUGGAGUUCGUGAAUGCUGAAGAUGACCGUUGUCUAAUAACGCUCCCCUUAAAUGACCAAUCUGAGCCACCCGUGAGUACAGGGAGUGGGGCUCAAGGUUCUUUUCUGUCUCCACUACAAUAGUCGGGAGUUCAAGACCAGCCUGACCAACCAAAUGCACAUUAUAGAAAACAUCUCUUCUCUGAGAGUAAUCAAGAUUCAAGUACCAGUGAACAAUCUUGGAUCAGUAACCGAAAAAGGAAAUCCCUAAAGUCAUAUGUUAAUAGAAAGAAGACAAGAACCAGAAGUAGUCUAAGAAUCUUGCCAAUUUUCCCUCCCAGUAGUAGCAGUGGCCAUGAGAAAGACCAAAAAGACAUACCCAAGCAAAAGAACACUACACCUCCAAAGACUUCUGCAAAAAAAUUUCAAGAUAGUUUUGCCUUUUUGACUCCUGAAGAUUCUGCCGAGAAAACAGAGCUUCAAGGUCCUCACCCACUGAGCAAGCUCUCUUCCUUGGAACACUCAGAAGAUGAAGAAAACUUAUCUAUGAUUGUGAACCAAGAAUCGCUAACGGAAAGUACUAGCUUCAAACAUAAGCUGCAAAACUUGGAAGACACAGACAUACUAGAAGGUGGUUUUGCUAAGUCAAAACAGUCAAGAUUGGAAGAAGCGGUUGCUCCGGGAUCCUCUGUCUCAGUAACAGAAGGAAGAAUGUUGGCAGAAGGCAUUUCUACUUCAUCCCUGGAAGUUGUGCCAGAGAACUUGAAUGGUUCUGCCAUUCUCUUAACCUUGGAAGACUUCACUAGAGAAUUGAAAAGAAAAUCCGAGCUUAGGUGCAGAAAGAGUCCACUUAAUUCAGAAAAUGCAAAGAAAGCACUGGAUUGCCUAAUAAAACUUUUAAACCAGAUACAACUGUACAGACUCAGUAAACUAGAGCGCUUUCAAAAUUUGGUUCUUCAAGAGUUGAGCAGUCUUAAGAAGGAUCUUCAGGCCUUGGAACACCUUGAGGAGGAGGUUCUGGAAUUCUGGGAGAAACAGUCUGCUGAUCUGAAAGCUUUCUGUGAUCUGCAAAUGCUGAGGCUCAAUCCAACUAAGCCUUCAUAAGGAAAGUCAAAGCCUGGUUUUAUGAUUGUAUCUCUCAGCCUGGGCCACCUGCAGAGGAAGAUAAAGAGCAAGGUUGCCGUUGGCUUGGGCCACGUUAGCCAGACUUCGGUGCUUGGCAUGCAUU